AUGGCUUCAAAUGGCGCCCCUCGUCCGAGACACAAAAAGAAGCUCUCCUUCUCCACUGCCAACAUUGGAGCCUCACCAUCACAAGGCUUUGAAGCAGCCUCGCUGUCUUCUCCUUCGCAAUUGGUUCUUGGGUACUCGGCUGGGAAAUUGGUUCGUACACCACCAGUCAAUUUAUCUUCAAAAAUUGAAGAUCGGGAAUCUCCGAGUUCACCGACUCCUCGAUCUAGACUUCCGUCGCGUGCACAGCCGCGAGCAAGAGUGAAUCAUCCAAACCGCGCACUUGGAGAUACACUUCUUUUAUCUCCAUUUGCAAAUCUACCACCACCAUUUGCGAUUGUUAAAUCACCUCCUCGCAAUCUACCAAAUUCAGCAACGAUGGUAGCUGGUGAGGUACCAGCAGCCGCACAGGCGGCUAAUCCACCUGCUGACGACUGGAGAAUGUUCGAAGCCAAUUUGCUGAGCGAGGCUCACAAUUUACCAUCAAGAAACCCGACCGCGGCCACUGCGGCACAACCAAUCUCGACUUCGAACUCAAACGAAGUUAACUUCGACGAGUUCCUCAACUUACCUGACGACGAAAGCGACGAGGAGAAGGAGGAGAUACCACCUGCACAAGGUCCAGCAAUGCGUGCGCUCGAGCCGUUGCUUACAACCGAAUCUGAAUUUCCUGCAAAUACUGGUGCAAAUAAAGAGCAGUGGAAAGCGGCUGUUCGAGCCAACGCUCUUAGCCCUAACCCGUUUAAUCUAAGUAUGCCAGAUCGAGCACAUCGUCGCAGUACAAGUCAAGGAAAUCAGGUAUCUACGACGAACACUGGUGAAAACCCAGUUUUUGGACCUUCUUUGGCGGAGAACAUGGGUCCAAAUUUUGAUGUUGAUUUUGCUGAGAUGAUGUCAACUUUGGAGAACUCCAGACCUGGCGAUCUUACCUCUACGGCGAACACAGGUACUCACCAAUCUGCAUCUGCUCAAUAUUCUUCGAUGGGCACAGGAAUGGGACAAGAUUUCGGAGAUAUGGCUAGUAAUGAAUUCCAGAUGGGCUCUAGCUUUCCAACAUCGAUGCCACCUACGGAUUAUAUUAUGGCACAGGAAAAUAUUAUGAAUACUGGCAAUCAUGCUAGUGAAGCAAUAUCAACAAGUCAAGCCAACAUGACUGACGCUUCUCUCGGAUCUGUCUUUCCAAGUUUCACGCCUAUGUCUCAAUCUAUGGAUCAAGGAAAUAUUGUGAACAACGCUGGAUACGGUAAUAACUACGGCAGUGGCCCUCAAAAUAACGAUUCAUCGUCUACGGCAGCUCUCAGCUUCUUACCUAAUCUUCCCUGGCAAUCUGCUCUCGUAAACAAUCAACUAAACCCGACAGCAAACAUGGCUGAAUCCUCAAGUCAAGCAACUCCAGCAACCCUAGCAGCAGAUAUGGGUAGGUCCUCAAGUCAAGCCGCUCCAAUAGCAAACAUGGUUGGAUCCUCAAAUCAAGUACCCUCGACCACCGCUGAUGUUUAUUCAAAUGUUGGGCAAUCAUUCAUGGGAGGUACUUGUGGAAAUCUGGUUAGUGCACCUGGUGGAUUCAACAUGUCAUUUGUGCCAAAGAGUCAGAGUCAAAUGAUCGCCGAUGCUUUUGCUUCCGUACUUGGACCAGAUGCACAAACAUCACAAACGUCACAAACGCCUUCUCUUUCUGGACAAUCGCAUACCAUUUAUACGCCAUUAAAUGUACAUAAUAACGGUGGUGCUCCAGUCUAUGGACACACUCCAAAUAAUUCAUUGGGAUCGUAUUUCGGACGUAUGAGCUCGCAAGCACCAAGUUCGACCAAUAUUCCCGUUCAAUCGAUGAUCAACUUGACAAGAUCUGCUACUCCUAACCAGUCAGCCAUCAAUCUUGCCAAAUCAACCUCGCCUGUCGUAACAAAUACUACUGUUGAACAAGCCAGAUCAACCUCAUCAGCAUUGUCAGUUCCUGGUGCUCCAGAUACUUCUCUUGUCGCCGUAUCUCCUAACCCUUUACACCCUGCAAGCUUUCAUCAAGAUACUCCUCGUGCAGAUACUCCUCUUAUAACCGUAUCUCCCAACCCUCUGCACCCGGCAAGCUUUCAUCAGCCUACGCCUCGCGCAGUAUGGCCAACUUCGCGUCGUCCAAUUCCCCCCAACCCUGCGUUUUCCGGAAAUACUCCAGGCUACUUUCAACCAGGUCAGAAUCUCAACCCUCAAGGCAACAUGAAUACGAAUAUGCAUAUGCAAUUCCCCGGUUCUUUGCAAUCUACUCAACAACAUCAGUACAACACGUACGUAAGAGCACAACAAAACAUGCAAAUGUCGCUCCAGUCACCUCGUACUAUGCAACCGCUGCAACCGCUGUCGCGGGAAUAUAUGGCAGCUUACGCAGCAGCUCGAGUAGCACACAACGAAGCAAUUAAACGCGCAAUGAUGGCAGACCUUCGCUUCGCUCGUACGCCACCACGCUCACCCUCGGGUACUCGCUCAAACAACAUAAUUCGCCAGCGCAUCCAGCUACUCGAAGAUCACCAACCUCUUACUCAGGAAUCUGUCGAAGAUUUGCGUCGUUUCCAACUCGUUGAUAGGAUUCAAACUUCGCUUCGAGGAUAUAAUCUCAAUGGUCCUAUGCCUCUGAAUGGAAGAGCUCGUUCUCCACCUAAGGAUUUCCUUGCUAUGGAUCCUCGCGAGUUAAAGGUUAAUGGUGAAGGAGCAAAGAAAAAAUGGGCUAUUAAUCUUUUGACCGUUGUCGAGACCUUUGAAUGCGACUUCUGUUCGCCAGAGAAGCCAAAUUUAUAUGGUAUUGGCCCAUAUAACCAGAGUUUUGUUGAGAUCUGGGGUCCAGCUGGUCAUGAUUGGUGUAGCAAAUGUCAAGAACUUGGAAAGCAUGUCGCACCUGUUGCUGUUCCCGAGAAGAUAAACCCAGCUUCCUCGCGAUCAAAGAAAGAUGAGAAAGCAAAGGGUAAAGCAAAGAGAGUAGCCAAAGAGUCAGCUGGCCCAGGUCCAUCGCCAAAGAAGCCCACUCAAUCUUCAUCCAGCAGCUCUUCGGUGAACGCCUCCGGUUCCUCAACUCCCUACGAUCGCUACGCACCCAUGUCUGAAGAAUCCAACGUAUUCGGCGACCCUCAGGAAAUAUUCUCGACGAUUGACAAUAUCUUGAUCAAUCCUUUCAUGCAUAAUCUCAUGUGUCGUGGUUCCGACCAUCGACAGAUUGACAUGACCAAAGCGAAGAUCUGCGAACGUUGCAAGGCUAGAAAGUUGGAGAUCAUCACUCAUGGAUGCCAUACCGAAUUUUCUCAUAUCAUUGCAUUGGGUGAUGAUGGGUGGCAGUACGGUCAUGGUAGAGGACUCCCGGGACCUAGUCAGGUUGAUGGUUCUAAUGACAUGAAUACUGAUAUGAAUGCUGCUGGCUUCAAGUUUGAUGUAAAUGCGGACUUGAAUGAUGGGAGUAUGACUUUGGCUGACAUCAAUGAUGCUGUAAAUGCGGGUAUGAGCGCGGGUGGUAUGAAUUCUGGCAUGAACUCUGAUAUGAACGCCGAUACGGAGUUUGCUAUGUUUGGCAAUAUGGACGCCAGUGGCAUGAAUCUAGAUUUCGAUAUCAAUUUCGAUCUACCAGGCUCCAACACACCCAGCAAAGCACCCACUACCACCCAAAAUCCCCAACACGCUCACAAUCAUCACAUCCACAUGAACGGAAGACCCCACGGUCCCAUCUCCAAAUUCUGCAUGGUCUGCCCCGCUCCAUCCAUUUUCCUCUGCGAUGGCUGUCCAUUAACCCUGUGCGAAAGCUGCAGAUACCGUCUCAGAGAUCUGUGUAAAGGCUGGUUCAAUAAUCUGAUUUACACAAAUGGGAUUAAUCAUAAUCGAAAUGAUGCGUUCUUGCUUCGUUCGGAUAAUGGCGGUUAUCAUGAGCAUGGCAAAUUCUGGCCCGUUCCUCCUCAUGUCAAUCUUUAG